AUGGAUAUCCUGCAAAGACUCGGCAUUCCACUGGCCAUUGCUGCCGCCGCAUUGAGUACCAUUCUAGCCGUGAUCGCAACCAUGGGUUGGUUCAGCAGAAAGAACCACAUGCCCGUCGAGGGCCGGACGGUUCUCAUCACCGGCGCUUCAGAGGGCAUGGGCCGUAGUGCCGCCAUUCAGCUAGCAGCCAAAGGCGCCAACCUCAUCCUCGUGUCUCGCAAUGUGGGCCGCCUCGAAGAAGCGCUUGCCAGCGUCAAAGCGGCCGCCAAAUCCCCCUCCACCCAGCGGUUUACCUACAUCUCAGCCGACGUCGCCGAGCCCGACUACGCGGGGCGGGUCAUCGCCGAGGCCGUGGCAUGGAACGGCGGGCAGCCGCCCGACAUAGUAUGGUGCGUGGCGGGCAUGUCGACGCCGAUGCUGUGGGCCGAUGAAGGGUCCAUGGCCGCCGCGCGGCGCAACAUGGACGUCAACUAUUUCGGGUCGGCCGAGAUGUCCCGGGCGAUCCUGCGCGAGUGGCUCAACCCCGAAAACAACAACAGCAACAACACCACCAAAAAAAACGCAGAGCCAAAACACAUCAUUUUCACGGCCUCGGUGCUCGCCCUGUUCGCCAUUGUCGGCUACGGGCCCUACACGCCCUCGAAAUGGGCGCUGCGCGGCCUGGCCGACACCCUGGCCAUGGAGCUGAACCUGUACCCGGACACGCCCGUCAAGGUGCACGUCGUCUACCCGGCCACCAUCACCAGCCCCGGGCUGGAGAGGGAGAACCAGACCAAGCCCGAGAUCACCCUCCAGCUGGAGAAGGACGAGCCGCCUGAGACGCCCGACACGGUGGCGAGGCGGGCGAUCGAAGGGCUGGAGAGGGGCGAGCAUUUUGUGACCGUCUCGUUUCUGGGGAAUCUGAUGAGGUGCGGCGUCCUUGGCGGGUCGCUGCGGAAUAAUUGGGUGUUGGACACGCUGCUGGGGUGGAUUGUGCCAAUCAUUUACUUUUUUGUCAUCAGGAUCAUGAAUGCGCAGGUGUUGGGGUGGGCAAGGAAACAUGGGCACCUGGCGAAAAACCAAUCCAACACUGGGCAUUUUAUUUUCCUCUUGGCGGGCUCGAGCAUGAAAUCGUCGGCCGUCCGGUCACAGCGAGGUCGUCCGAGCAAGGUGACAAAGCCGGCCGCCCCGACACGCGGUCGUCCCGCGCGCCAGGCUGCAGCACAACUGGCCGCCCACGACGCCCACGAAGCCCACGCGCUUGCCGAGGGGCUUAAGAACGAACCCGCCACGGCUGCUUCCGUGUUCGACGACGUCGGCAUGGGCGCCGAGGAGUAUGCCGCUGCCGCCGCCGCCGCUGCUGCCAUGGAUACCGACCUGACCGAGGACGCUCAUGGCGAGGCUGAGCCCGAGACCGGCAUGGACGGACAAGACCCCACGGGCGCCACAUCGGGACUACCCCCCCACGUUGACCUCACGGCCGCCAAUAUCCUCGCCAACGGCGGCGCCAGCAACCCCGGCAACGCCCUGUCUCAGCCCGUCCCGGACCAGCUGCAGGACAUGCAGCAGAGCCUAGCUCACGCGCACCAGCACCAACACCAACACCAACACCAACAGCAGCAUCAGCAUCAGCACCACCACCAGCACCAGCAUCAACAUCAGCCGCCGGCCCAGAUGGGUCCGCCGCAGCAGCUGCAACAAGGCCAUCAGCCGAUAGACUCGUCAAUGAUGAAGACGACUGAGGAAUUGGCGAUCGAGUCAGGCUACGGAGAGCUCAACAUUGAGAGUGCGCUUGCUAAGAGACUGGCACGCGAGCCAGGCCAACGUCUCGCGCAGCAGCGCCGGCCGGAGCAGGUCCUUAACCUGGCACGACGGAGCAACGUCGAGGCGCUGUUUGCCCACAUCGCAGGCGAACCUGCGCGUGUUCCGUGCAAGAACUGCCACAAGGGCCACGGGCCCUGGACCAGCUGUAUCGUGGUGGACGGCCAGAUGUGCGGCAGUUGCGCCAAUUGCUGGUUCAACGCCAGCGGUGCGAGAUGCAGCUUCCAUGAGACCCGCAAUCCCCAAGCCGUCCCGCAGCAUCCAUCCAUCAUGCCUGCCAGCACCGCCGGCCUCGCGGCCGACCCUUCGUACCGCUUCCAGGCGGCCCACCCGCUCCUACAACCGCAUGGCGCGGCGGCCAUGGGAACCGUCGGCCACGGUGGAACCAUGCUGACUAACAACCCACUGUUCCAACAGAUGCUCACCAGGGCCAUGGGCGAGGUACGGGCAGCGGACAAGGUGACUCGACAACUCAUCAUGAUCGACAUCACCGCGAAGCAGCUGGCACUGCAAAUUGCCGAGUACGAAGAGAUGGUUGGCGGCAACCAGGAACAACCGCCGAGCGGGCCUGUCCCGGGCCAGCAAGGUAUGGGGGACGAGGCAGGGCCUUAG